AUGCUCGACAACGAGCCCACUCUAGGAGCACCAUCUCCAACCUCAUCUGCCCCACAAUCGACCGGCCCCGUCACAACGGACGGAUCAUGCGGAGCGAACCACAAUAAUGCAAUUUGCGGCAACUGGCAUCUCGGCAGCUGCUGCUCCAUGUAUGGCUUCUGCGGCAACUCAACUUCUCACUGCGGUGAAGGUUGUCAAUCUGGACCUUGCAGUCAAUCUCCCACCAUUCCCGUCCCCGAACCAUCUCCUGCACCUCCCAAUCCCCACCCGGGCUCGUUCAAGAUCGUGGGAGACUCUGGUGUACCGGCAAUGCAUGCAGCGCUGAUGCCGAAUGGGCGUGUGGUAUUUCUGGACAAGGUGGAGAAUUAUACUCGUCUCAAACUCGCGGAUGGAUAUUUUGCGUAUAGUUCCGAGUAUGAUCCUGCUACGAAUGAGGUUGUGCCUCUUUCGUAUAAAACCAAUGCUUUUUGCGCAGGAGGCGCCUUCUUGGCGAAUGGUACGUUGUUAGCUGUGGGCGGGAAUGGAAAUUUGAGUUGGUUGGACCCGACGGUUAUGGAUGGAUGGCGAGGGAUACGUUAUUUGACACGCUCCGCAUCGGACAACUCCUCGAACGGCGCGAAUUGGGUGGAACCAGGACAUCAACUCGAUACCGCUCGAUGGUAUCCCAGUGUUCAGACUCUACCCGAUGGAACCAUCUUCGUCGCCUCGGGGAGUUUGAACGGUCUCGAUCCGGCGCAGCAUGCGAACAACAACCCAACAUAUGAAAUUCUCGACCAGAAUGGUAUCACUCAAGGUCACUCCAUCCCCAUGGAAAUUCUCGUCAAAUCACAACCUUACUACAUGUACCCCUUCAUCCACCUCCUUCCCGAUGGCAAUUUAUUUAUCUUCGUCUCUAAAUCCUCUGAGAUUUUCAACUUCUCCUCUAACACCACCAUUCAAUCUCUCCCCGAUUUACCAGGUGAAUAUCGCACUUAUCCUAACACGGGAACUUCUGUCCUCCUCCCCCUCUCCUCUUCCAACAACUGGUCUGCGGAAAUUCUCAUCUGCGGCGGAGGCGCCUAUCAAGAUCUCACUUCGCCCACAGACGCCUCUUGCGGCCGCAUCACUCCUCUCUCUUCCUCCUCCUCUUCUUCCAAAGACUCCAACAACAACAACAACAACAACAACAACAACAACAACAACAACAAAACCCCCACAUGGGAACUCGACAGCCUUCCCCAAGGCCGCACCAUGCUCGACAACAUUCUCCUCCCCGACGGCACCAUCCUCUUCCUCAACGGCGCACACGUCGGAUCCCAAGGUUUCGGCCUCGCCGAUGAUCCUCUGCUGCAAGUUCUCAUUUAUGAACCUUCUGCCCCGUUUGGAUCGCGUUGGACGACUGGGGCGAAGAGUACGAUUCCGAGAUUAUAUCAUUCGAUUGCCAUGUUGUUGCUGGAUGGGAGUGUACUUGUUGCGGGGAGUAAUCCGAAUGAAAUGCCUGUUGUGGAUGAUGAUCGUAGUAAGAGUGAUAAGGGCAAUUUUUUCCAGACGGAAUUUCGGACGGAGAGAUAUUUUCCUUCGUAUUUUUCUGGUUCUGAUUCUUCUGAUUCUUCGAGACCGGGAAAUGUCCUGCUUUCAACUUUGGAAUUAUAUUCCAAUCACUCGGAAUUUCAGAUUUCUUUUCAACUCCCUCCUUCUACUACUGCAGCAGCAGCAGCAUCAGUAUCAGCUGCAGAAGAAGAUGAGAACGAAAACGAAAACGAAAACAACACCAAACCUCCCGCACCAAAAAUCCAAAUCUCCCUCCAUCACAACGGCUUCAUCACACAUUCCUUACACAUGAACCAACGAAUGCUGGACCACCCUACACAUGAAAAAACUCAAAAUCUGCAGCAGCAAAAAACUUUACGAGUCCGAAUGCCUCCAACUCCAAAUCUGGCUCCGCCGGGUCCAUAUGUGGUGUAUGUGGUUGUGAAUGGGGUUCCUGCUGUGGGGCAGAUGGUGAUGGUGAGGACUGGGACGGAGGCGGGAGAGGAUGAGGAUGAGGGAGAGGGAGGACAGAGGAAAAAGGGAGAGGCGGGAAAGAGGUUGUUUGGAAAGGAGAGGAGGAGUAAGGUGAGAGUUUGGGGGGUUGCGGGUUUGGUGGGUUUGGUGGGGAGGUGGUUGUAG